AUGGGUAUCAGCCACAAAAACUGCAACACAAGUACAGAUUUGCAGAUGUAUGGGGCAGCAGAACACAGACUUGAAGAAGUAAAAUCAGAGUUUGAUAAGAGACUGAGCUACCGCAUGUGGGAUAUUGGAAAUAUUUCGCUUUCCGAGAAGAAGAAGGCCGCUGCGCCCGCUCCGGAGGAGGAGAUGGACGAGUGUGAGCAGGCGCUGGCGGCGGAGCCCAAGGCCAAGGACCCCUUUGCUCACCUGCCCAAGAGUACCUUUGUGUUGGACAAAUUCAAGCGCAAGUACUCCAACGAGGACACGCUGCCGAUGGCACUGCCAUACUUUUGGGAGCACUUUGAUAAGGAUGGCUGGUCCCGGUGGUACGCCGAGUACCGAUUCCCUGAAGAGCUCACCCAGACCUUCAUGAGCUGCAACCUCAUCACUGGAAUGUUCCAGCGGUUGGACAAGCUGAGGAAGAACGCCUUUGCCAGUGUCAUCCUCUUUGGAACCAACAACAGCAGCUCCAUUUCUGGAGUCUGGGUCUUCUGAGGCCAGGAGCUCGCCUUUCCGCUGAGUCCAGACUGACAGGUGGACUAUGAGUCAUACACGUGGCCGAAGCUGGAUCCCGGCAGCGCGGAGACCCAGACGCUGGUGCGAGAGUACUUUUGCUGGGAGGGGGCCUUCCAGCAAGUGGGCAAAGCCUUCAAUCAGGGCAAGAUCUACAAGUGAACAUCGCUUGCCCUCACCGAGCUGCCUGCACCUGCCCUCCCGGGUACUGGGGGUCAUUAAAGGAAACUGAGCAUCAAAAAAAAAAAAGAAAGAAAAA